GUGGGAAGCUCGGGGAGGGAUGUGGGGGCUGGCGCGGCCAGGCGUUUGUUUGUUUUGUGGGUGGUGCGAGUGCAGCCCGGGAAAAGCUGGAAAUGGCGGCGCCGAGCGGGAGGUCUCAGUCCUUCCUGCACAGGAAGGGGCUGAUGGCGGCUGACAGGAGGAGCAGGAUUUUGGCAGUGUGUGGAAUGCAUCCUGACCAUCAGGAAACUCUGAAAAAGAAUCGAGUGGUGCUGGCCAAACAGCUGCUGCUGAGCGAACUGUUAGAACAUCUCCUAGAAAAGGACAUUAUCACUUUGGAAAUGAGGGAGCUCAUCCAGGCCAAAGGGGGCAGUUUCAGCCAGAAUGUGGAACUCCUUAACCUGCUGCCAAAGAGAGGACCCCAGGCUUUUGAUGCCUUCUGUGAAGCCCUGCGGGAGACCAGGCAGGGUCACUUGGAAGACUUACUGCUCACAACCCUCUCAGAUAUUCAACACGUCCUCCCACCGUUGGGCUGUGACUAUGACACAAGUCUCCCUUUCUCCGUGUGUGAGUCCUGCCCUCAAAAGCAGCCCCGCCUAUCCACAGAUUCUAUAGAACACUCCUUAGAUAAUGGUGAUGGUCCUCCCUGUCUUCAGGUGAAGCCAUGCACUCCUGAGUUUUACCAGGCACAUUACCAGCUGGCCUAUAGGUUGCAGUCUCAGCCUCGUGGCUUGGCACUGGUAUUGAGUAAUGUGCACUUCACUGGAGAGAAAGACCUAGAAUUUCGCUCUGGAGGAGAUGUGGACCACACCACUCUAGUCACUCUCUUCAAGCUUUUGGGCUACGAUGUCCAUGUGCUGCAUGACCAGACUGCACAGGAAAUGCAAGAGAAACUUGGGAAGUUUGCACAGUUACCUGAACAUCGGGUCACAGACUCCUGCAUAGUGGCACUCCUCUCACACGGUGUGGAAGGUGGCAUCUACGGUGUGGAUGGCAAACUGCUUCAGCUCCAAGAGGUUUUCCGGCUUUUUGACAAUGCUAACUGUCCAAGUCUACAGAACAAGCCAAAAAUGUUCUUCAUCCAAGCAUGUCGUGGAGAUGAGACAGAUAGAGGGGUUGACCAGCAAGAUGGAAAGAGCCAUUCACAAUCCCCUGGGUGUGAGGAGAGUGAUGCUGGGAAAGAGGGCUUGAUGAAGAUGAGACUGCCUACUCGGUCGGACAUGAUAUGUGGCUACGCUUGCCUUAAAGGCAAUGCUGCCAUGCGGAACACCAAACGGGGUUCCUGGUACAUUGAGGCCCUCACGCAGGUGUUCUCUGAAAGAGCUUGUGACAUGCAUGUGGCCGACAUGCUUGUUAAGGUGAAUGCCCUUAUCAAGGAGCGUGAAGGCUACGCCCCUGGCACAGAAUUCCACCGAUGCAAGGAGAUGUCUGAGUACUGUAGUACUCUGUGCCGGCAGCUCUACCUGUUCCCAGGCUACCCGCCCACGUGAUGCCACCUGCUAGUCAUGCUGUUGGAGGCCACUGGACCACUGGGCGCACAAUGGAGACUUCUCUUCAGAAUGGUCUUUGUUUUGUCUACCCCCUCAGGGAUGUGAGAUUCUCCCAGGCUUGUUUCCUGUUAGCCAUCUCUGUCUGUCUUUGGUAUGAAACUUAAGGACAGCUCCUCCUGUGUGGUGUUCUCCUCUGUAGAGCCAGCUCUGAAUGGAUGUAUUGCCAGGAGCAUUUUGGCUACAGCCAUUGAGCCUAGAAAGUGGCAUUGUGAACACAGUAUUAUUGUGGGGAGAGGGCAUAUGGACUUUUCAAUGUUUGUGAUGUUUUUCUUCCCAUGGAUACUUGGGUCAUUGCUUUUUUUUUUUAAUCAGAUAAGGAUCUCAGAGAUCAUCUCCUUUUUUUUUUUCCCAUGUCUACAACCUCAUUUUUUCCACAGUGAAGAUUUGGAAGAUGUCCCAAUUUAAUAUAGGUCUUUGCAUCUGUCAUGGAGCGGCAGAUGAGACCCUGCUACUUGAGAAGUUUGUGUGUAUCCCCAUGAGUUCAGGCCCUAGUGAAGGACAAUCCUUCAGCCUUCCGUUGGCUCCUUUGUGCUCAGUGCACCCAGCCUUUGAACAGAGCCUAGGGUCUCUAUGUCAUGACACUGGAAGUCAUAGAAAUUCCCCUGGUCAUGCUUUAUUUGAAUUGUCACUGAAUGAACCUUAUCAGGCAUAUCAACAUAAAAAUGCAGUGACAGGUGAGUAUGCUGUGUAUCAUACCCACCUGUCACCAGUCUCCAGGAUCUCUCCUUCCUUCCUGUGGUUUCUGCUAUACAGUUAAACUGUACUUGAGGGCUGGCCUCCAGGAUCUCUCUUGCUUUGCACUGGUUCCCCUCUUUCCUUUCACCCUAGUCACUGUUUCUGCCGAGUCUGAGGUCGUCCUUGUAGGAUGCUUCUGGCCACUUUAAGCUGUACUGUAGUUGUUUAUUCUUCUGCCUUCUGCUUCAGCAUAAGGCAUCAGUUUUCUGUGGCAGUGUCUCCCUUCUCAUUGUUCCUCUGUGCUUUAGUGGGGAGAGUACCAUACAUGAUAGAACCUAGCAGCACUUGUCUCUGCUCUUAGGAAACUUUCGUAUUCUUGAAAGCCUUUUGCAUCUCCAUUUUUUCCUCUCUUCCAAUUUAUUCUCCAUGUAAUAGAGUGGUUUUGGUUUUUAAAAUAUCUGGUGAUGUCAUUCCCUUGCUUAGAACACUAGUUUCCAGUUACACCUCAUCUAAAAUGCAAAUUUUUACUCAGCUUACGAGAUCUGGCUCCUAGCUUCCCUUUGGAUCAUUGAAUGGUGAUUUCUCUCUAGGCUCCAGCGUCUCUCAGUUCCUCAUCUCAGUGUUGCAGGUGUUCUGACUCUUUGUUAGAUUAGUCUCUGUCUGGUGGAGGCCCCCUGACCAUGCUUCCCACGAACAGUCUUCUGCACCUCCUUCAGACGGCAUCACAUUGGUCCCCGCUGUGCUUACUGCAGGUGGCCAUGGCACGUGUACUUGCUCCAAGGGAGCAGGGACUGUACUUCUUCCCUGCUGAUGUCCAGCAGCUGGCACUUACUAGGUCUUCGAUGAAUAAAUCCUUUUCCUGAAUAAAAGGAGGAGACAAGCAGCUAACUUUAGUUAGAACCUACCUUCUGCGAUUUCUAAAUUGCUAUUGUAGUAUACAGUUCAGUUGGUAUUUGUAUUCUUAUAGGGUUUUUUUUUCCAGGUGUUUUACUUUUAUCCACUGUUUGUGUGUGUGUGUGUGUGUGUUUUUUUUUUUUUUUUUACAUUGUUUGAAGACAUAUCACGUGUGCGACAACUUCCUUCACAUUUCCAUGGUGCCCAGCAAAUUUGAGGCCUAUGGUAGUUGAGGUGCUCAAUUAAUGUUUGUUGUAUGAACCAGGUGGUUUGAAGACUUGCUGCCAAAUUCUGCCUUUGGGUCAGUAUAGGAUGCAUAAGUGGUAGAAUCUUCACCCUUCCACUGCCAAGAUUUUGUAUUGCCAUCAGGUGCCAAAUAAAUGUUGAUACUCAUUA